AAGAGACGCCCUGGGUAUCAGAACCUAUUCCUGCCCCUGGGCUGGGGACCCUGUCAGACCUAGCAACAGCUGGUUUGGGACCUUCGCAUAAUUUCAGCUCCAGCCAAGGCCUCGAACCCCCACUGUGUGGCUAGAUGUCUAAAGGAGACCUAGCAGCAAGUCGGUUCUACCUGCAUGGUUAGAAAGAUGUCAACUCUGAUUCACAUUGCCCAGGGAGGCCCUGGGACCCCUAUCUGCCCUGCUGGGCUGCAGAGGAAAUGAUAGUUACCCUAUGAAUGGGAUGCAAAAGCAGCUGGGAGACCAGGAACUUGCCCAACAAAGGUUGAGCUGGUGGCUUAGAGGACCCUUGAAGAGGAACAAGUGUUCUCUUCACAUAGCUGGAAAGACUUCAGAGGCCACAAGGGGCUGCAAUAGUGAGACCUCAUCAGAUAAGGAGUGAGGGGGUCUCAGCUGGUGUGGUGGUGGUGCACACCUUCGGGAGGCAGAGGCAGGCAGAUCCCAGCCUGGUCUACAGAGUUCCGGGAUAGCCAGGGCUACACAGAAAAACUUUGUCUUGAAAAAAACAAAAAACAACAACAAAAAGAGAAUAAGGGGUCUCUGAAAAAAGGUUAAAUGGGUUUUAAUGACCAGAAAUUUCCAUAUCUUUGGGUUUGUUUUUGUUUUUUGUUUUGUUUUUUUUUUUUUGGUUUUUCGAGACAGGGUUUCUCUGUGUAGCUUUGGCACCUUUCCUGGAACUCACUUUGUAGACCAGGCUGGCCUCGAACUCACAGAGAUCCGCCUGCCUCUGCCUCCCAAGUGCUGAGAUUAAAGGCGUGUGCUACCACCGCCUGGCUAUAUCAUUGUCUUAAAAGAACCAAAAUUAUACAUUUCCCAGAGAAGGGAGAUACCCCAGUGCCUAAAAUCCUGUUCCAGCAAAAAAACAUGGGGCCUGGGGUCAGGAGCUUUUACCAAGUGUUACCAAGCUCCGUACUGGAUGACUCAAUCAGUUUCAUUUACUGGCCAAGAAAACACCCCCAGAGAUGGUAUCUCAAGAUGGCCCUGGGCCCAGUGGGGUUCCAAGCCUCGGUCCCUUGAAGGUAAGGCUAGAUCCUCAGGAGGAUCAGGAAAAGCAACAAGGAGGUGCCAGAGUGGGACCCACGGGAGCCGCACCCCAGCUCCCAGCGCGUCAGAAGGCGGGCAAGGGUGGCUUGGAUCCCUGCCAAGGAAGGUUCUAGGCCAACCAACCGAGAGCAGCAGCGCCUGUGAUGUUUGGCACACUGCCGUGUCUUUCUGGGCUGUCCUCCCUCCCGCAUCAGUCGCACCGGUAGCCUCCGUCCCUUUAAGAAGUCUGUGCCUCUUGGCCUCACUUCCGCCAUGGCCGCUCAGCUGGUGGAGGACCAAGUGACCUGCUCCAUCUGCCUGGAUCGCUACCGCGACCCGGUGACGCUGCCUUGCGGGCACAGCUUCUGCGGAGGCUGCAUGCAGGACUCAUGGCGCUGCUGGGAGAAGACAUGCCCCGAGUGUCGCCAGCCCUUCCCCGAGGGCGCCAAGCUGUGCCGCAGCGUGACACUGAGCGCCUUGCUGCAGACGCUGCCUCUCGAUCUGCAGGCGCAGGCGGCCGCCAUCCCGCGCCCGGAGCCCGGCGCCGGCCACAGCGCACGCUGCCCGCGCCACGGGAGGCCGCUCGAGUUCUUCUGCCUCACCGAUGGCCUCUGCGUAUGCAGCGCUUGCACAGUGCACGAGUGCCGCCACCACGAGCGGGCGCUGCUGGACGUGGAGCGCCGCGUUCGAGAGGACCAACUGAAAGCUAGAGCGGCGGUUGCCCGGCAACAGGUCACCCAGGCUGAGACCCAGCUUCAGGAGCUGCAGCAGCAGAGCAGCCAGAUCGAGAGUUCAGCCUGCACCCUGACCUCAGUGGUCUCCAGCAGAUUCAGCAGCCUGCUACAGGCGCUGGAGAAGCUGCGGGCCUUGACACUGAGGAACAUAGAGGUAGCCAAGAAGCGGGCUCUGGACCAGGCUCUGAGUGAGAUACAGCGGCUAACCGACCACCUGGAGGUCCUGUCCCAGUAUGACCACAGUGUCCAGGGUCUCCUGGGGCAAGUGGAUGACUCCAUCUUCUUCCAGGAAUUACAGCAGCUCUCUGAGCCUGUGGAGUCUCAGGGGCCACUGACCGCUCCACAGUGGGAUGAAGAGCAGCAGCUGAACAGCGUGAAUGAGAUGCUUGGCCCACUAUGUGAACUCCUCCUUGAAGAGAAGCCCCCCAGGGUGGCAGGCAAAGCUGACCCUGUGGAAGCCUUGGGUCCCCCGCCACCAGUCCCCAGCACCGUGUGUCCACUGAGGAAGAAACUCUGGCAGAAUUAUCGCAACCUGACCUUUGACCCGGACACUGCCAACCAGUACUUGUACUUGUCCCACAAGGACCAGCAGGUGACACACCAUUUCCAGGCCCAGGGCCCAGCCAGGCCAGGCAGCUUCGAGCUGUGGCAGGUGCAGUGUGCCCAGAGUUUUCAGACUGGACAACACUACUGGGAGGUACGCGCCUCUGAUCACUCUGUGACGUUGGGCAUCACCUACCCAAACCUAUCACGCCGAAAGGUGGGGACCCACACGGACAACAUCGGCCGUGGGCCUUCCUCCUGGGGCCUUUCCAUCCAGGAGGACAGUAUCCAGGCCUGGCACAAUGGCAAGGCCCAGCGCCUGCAUGGGGUGCCUGGACGUCUCCUGGGCAUCGAUUUGAACUUGACCUCUGGCUACCUCACCUUCUACAGCCUCGAGCCACAGACACAGCGGCUGCAUACCUUCCAUGCAGUUUUCAGCCAGCCUCUCUUCCCAGUCUUCUGGCUCCUUGAGGGGAGGACCCUUACUCUUUGCCAUCAGCCUGAGGCCAAGCCCCCUCCAGGGCCCAGGGAAGAGGCCUCAGCACUCAUCUGAGGGAGGCACAGAUAGGUGCCGCCAUGCCUGUGUGCCCAAGGGUGGCUCAGCCUUUGACUUGGAGACUGAAGGCCACCAUUCUAAAAGGAAUAGCUGUUGGCUGCUGUGGGAUGAUGGUCUUUCUGUAUGCUGUGAAUAUGUAUUGCUACCAUUGCUUAAUAAAUAAAUUGCUUUGGCCCAUGGCAAGGCAGCUCAGAGGCCGGCGGGAAAUCCAAGCAGAGGUACAAGGAAGGAGAAAGGCAGGAUUGGGAGGAGAUGCUGAGAGCCGCCAGGGGAAGCAAGAUGUGAUACAACACAGGUAAAGCCACCAGACAUGUGGCGAUACAUAGGUUAAUAGAAAUGGGUAAGAAAAGAUGUAAGAGCUAGCUAGCAAGAAGCCUGAGCCAUAGACCAAACAGUUUGUAAUUAAUACAUAA